GUAGUCCGAGUACAGGAGUCUCGAAAUGGAAAUAUUUCACUUUUUGAUGUUUAUGCCAAAUUACGGUUAUUCACUAUACACUUACACCACUAAAUAAUGACUGAAAAUGGAGGAUUCCGAAUAGAGCUUGAUCCAGAUAACUAUGGAAGUGGGUAUAAGGAUCCAUUCAUUCAAGAUGAAGAUAAACUAUCAUUAGCCGAUUUAAUCCCAAGAAUAUUGAUAGAACGUAAAUCAUUCUUAAAUGUAACAGAAGAUAAUUUAAGGGAAGAAAUUGAAAAUGGUGAACAUAUACAUAAUGAAGACCAAUCAGAUGCAGUUAGUCGUAUAGAUAGUACUGAGUCUGACAUAAAUGAACAACCUCAACAACAACAAGAGAAUCCUACUGAAACUUUCCAAUCUCAAAAGAUAUCACUUCAAAAGAAUAUUAAUUCUGCAGUAAAUGAAACUUCAUUAUCAUUAGAUUUUGUUUCCUUAUUACUUUCAGCUGUUAAACCAAGUUUAGCAAAAUCAACUAUAUCUCCUCAUUUACAGAAAAAUGUUCCUAUUGGUUCAUUGAAUUCAGAUAGAUUAAUACCUAAUGAUGAAGAAGAUGAAACUAAUCAAAAUAACAAAGAUACCCUUUCUGGAGUAGGACUGGCAUGGAAACUUCAAUCAUUAAAUAAAAUUACUAAUUUAUUCAGAGAUGCUAGUAUUAAUUUGAAUGAACAAGUAUUAAAAGAGAGAAGGUAUUGGAAUAUGAUUAAUUUAGUACUUUCCAAUGAUGAAGCAUUAUUUAAAACAAGAGAUCCUAUAAAUAAUGCAAGAGCUAUAGGGGUUAAAUAUGGAUAUGGAGAUUCCGGAUCUAGUUUCCAUGAUAGAGGUUUAGCUAUAUUAAGAAAAGAUAAUAUAUCUGGAGAAGUUUCAUUUCAUCCCUUAUCAAAUAUAUCAAAUAAAUUAACUGAAAAAUCAUUCAAAUUUAUUCGAGUUAAGAUAUUAAGUGAAAUAGAUGGAGAUUUUAUGUUAACGGGUCAAUCAACAUUUGAAAAUGAAUUUAAUAGUAGUAAUACAAAGUUAAUUAAUGAUAUUGAAAAGGCUAGAUAUUUUUUAUUUGAAGAAGAUUUAUUCUAUCAAUUGACUCGUGAAGCUAAAACUUUAAUUAAUUAUAAUGUAUCUAUUAUUAGUAAUAAGAUAAUAAUUGAAAUUAAUCAUGAAAUAAUUGAAAUUGAAUCAGUAACUUAUGAUGAAAAUAAUGAAGAUAUACUUAAUAAUUAUUAUCAAAAUAUUAAUACUUAUUCAUCAAUUAAUAAUAAGAAAUGUCAAUUAAUUUUAAUAUAUUUAAAUUUAAUGUUAUGUUGUUAUUUUAAAUAUAAUUUAAAAUUAAAACAAAAGAUCCCUACAGCAUUAAGUAAAUUCAAAAGAUCAAAUACUCAUCCAUUAAUAUUACGUCCAUUACUUGGAAAUAUAAGGCAUGAAUUAAAUCUUUGUAAUAUGCAAGAAAUAAUUGAUAAUUUAUUAAAACGAUUUAAAGAUGAAAUAGAAUUCAAAGUUAAUGAAGUUGGUAAAUUUGUUAACCUUAAUAAGAAACCAGUAGAAAAUCCAUUCCAAAAAUCUAUUGAAAAACCAGUAUCAGAAUUUAAAUUAAUAUUAAAUAAUAAAAAGAAUAAUAAUUAUUUAAAGAUUGAUGUACAAUUAACUACCAAUGAAAUCUUUGUUAAUUUAAUAAUUAAUUUAAAUAUCAUUAGAUAUAAAAAUGCUCAAGAUUUUAAUAAUAAUUUAAAUGGUGUUAAUGUACUACAAAUUAGUUUUAAUGAUUUUAAUGAAAUUGAAGAAUGUUUAGAAUGGACUAUUUUAAACUUUGUUAAUUAAAUAUUUACAUAUAUAUAUAUUA